GGCUUACCUAAAUGCAGCUGCAAAAAAUGAUGAAAUAAUUGAACUAAACAAUAACCAGGUUAUAGAAAAAAUUACAAAAAAAUCCUUUAAUACAUAUACUCUUGCACGUUCUCUUAUUUAUUUCCAUAUCUUAAAAAAUCUAACAAUUUUCUUCCCUGAAAUCCGCAAAUUAUUCAACUCUAAAUUUUUACCAGAAGCAACAAAAAUCUUUAUUUCCAAAUUCAAACUACAAACAAAACUCAAUCUUGAUGAUGACUUAUUCUUUAACCCAAACUUCAAUACCAAAAAACCUAAACCUGAACAAGUUCUAACUGAAAAUUCCUUUUCUACUCAACCUACACUUCUAUCAAGUAACCCAAUCCCCAUAGAAGGCCUAGAAACUUCACAAACAACUAUAGAAG